GCGUGGUUUGCGCCGCCGUGAUAGGAUAGCGUGGGAGAAGGCGAUUUCCGUGGUGAAUUCCCUCGAGUUCGCGGAACGUUGCCACCACUUGCCAGUUGCUGCCAGUAGCUGCCAGUAGCGUAGAACGUUCGUCGUUCCAUCGCCGCUGAACGUGCGUGGUUCGUCGGUCGGAUAGUUUUAGUACUUUUAGUCGCGUGUCGCGUGAUAGCCGGGGGAAAUGUCUGCGUGUCAAAGGCAGCCCCAGGAUACCGUCGUCCCGCCUCAAAACGGGGAGGGUAACGUAAACGCGGUGUCGUCUCCGAAGAAGAAGCAGAGAACGUCGAUACCCGGAGCCAUGUCGAAGGUUACCGUCGUCUUGGGAGCGCAAUGGGGCGACGAGGGCAAAGGAAAAGUCGUCGACAUGCUGGCCACCGACGCCGACGUUGUCUGCAGGUGUCAGGGAGGAAACAAUGCCGGUCACACCGUAGUCAUCGAAGGUGCAGAAUAUGACUUCCAUUUGCUGCCAAGUGGAAUCAUUAAUCCAAAAUGCAAAUCUGUUAUUGGAAAUGGAGUGGUCAUUCAUCUUCCGGGAUUAUUCGAGGAAUUGGAAAAGAACGAAGCUAAAGGUUUGACCGACUGGAAACAAAGACUCGUAAUAUCAGAUCGUGCGCAUAUAGUAUUCGACUUUCAUCAGCAAGUCGAUGGGUUGCAAGAGUUAGAAAAAGGAAAGCAGUCGUUGGGGACAACGAAAAAAGGAAUCGGCCCAACUUAUUCCAGUAAAGCGACAAGAAAUGGACUUCGCGUCGGUGAUCUGCUUGGAGAUUUUGAAAAGUUCUCCGACAAAUUUCACACGCUCGUUCAUUGCUACCAAAGAAUGUUUCCUUCCCUUGAAGUGGACAUUAAGGCAGAAUUGGAACGUUAUAAAGGAUUCGCUGAGCACAUUCGGCCACUUGUAAAAGAGACUGUAUAUUUCUUGCACGAAGCCUUGAAGAACGGUGAUAAGGUGCUUGUCGAAGGGGCAAAUGCCGCGAUGCUGGACAUUGAUUUUGGUACUUAUCCCUACGUUACAAGUUCCAACUGCAGUAUAGGAGGGGUCUGCACUGGUUUGGGGCUACCGCCGAGUACUAUUGGGGAAGUAAUAGGAGUCGUCAAGGCCUACACUACCAGAGUUGGCGAUGGACCGUUUCCUACCGAGCUGCUGAACGAAACUGGUGAAUUAUUGCAGAGCAGAGGCCACGAAAUUGGAGUUACAACUAAGCGCAAAAGACGUUGCGGCUGGCUCGACUUGGCGUUGCUAAAGUUCACAGGAAUGGUCAAUGGAUAUACGUCCAUAUGCUUGACCAAACUCGACAUAUUGGAUACUCUGGAAGAGAUCAAAGUCUGCGUUGGGUAUCGCUUAAACGGAAAGGAUAUAGAUUACUUCCCAAGCAGCGCAUCUGAGCUAGGCCGUGUCGAAGUUGUCUACGAAACAGUGAAGGGAUGGGAGACGAUAACGGAGGGUGUACGUUCCUUGGAAAACUUACCGCCCAAUGCUCGUAAAUAUGUACGGCUAAUAGAAGAACGUUUGAACGUGCCAGUCAAGUGGAUUGGCGUGGGAGCGGGCAGGGAGAGUAUAAUUGCUCUUUGACCAUCUGGUGCUAACCAUGGUUCGUUGGUAGGCAAGUCUUUUCGUGCGUUUGUUCAAGUAAUUCUAACGCAGAUUUUAAGUGUACUGUUUAUAAUUGCCAGCUGACACGCACAAUAGACGGUGAUACAAUAAUCGGAAACGUACGCAGUCGACGUUAGGCUUGGUUAACAAAACAGCGUAGUGAAAAUGUCUGCCUAUUUAUUAAAACUAUGCAAUAAACGAAUUAUUGAAAUUUCCAAUUAUAUUAAUGAUAAAUCGUUCAAAAAAUAUACGUGCACUCAAUUCAAUAACAAGUCUCGCAGACUGUGAAUGUAUUACAAAUCGUCUAUCUUUGAAUAGUGAAUGUGUAAUUUAGUUGAUAUUGAAAAGCUGCGGUAAAAACAAAUUAUUAUAGCCAAAUAGCUGCAACGUCGCAAACGCAAGAUCAUUCACAGUUGGACGCAACAGGAACAGUAUUUGAUUUACGUUACUGGCGGGUUUUUCGUCUUAUAUUUUUUCCAUAUAAUUAUUUUUAAUAUGAAAUCCUCUACCCGGUUUGUUUUCCUUCAAAUUUCAAUAAGAUCAGUGAAGCACAGAAAAGACGAAAAUAAUUUGCUGAAUGUGUAUCUAUUAAUAAAAAUUCAAUCCAAGGGGCAGAAGGCACAAGUUUUGCUUAUCCGAAAAUGAAAUCCAACGAACAAUCAUGUCGUUGAGUCAUGCUAUGUUUUAUUCGCUAUCUCUUCGUAAUUCAAUGAGUAUUGAAGCAUCAUUUUAUUAUAAACAAUGAUAAUUGAAUUGUAACUAUACAAAUAUUUAAUAAUUAUUAAGAUUAAUAUUACCAAUGUAA